AUGGAGAAAUACGAGGUGCUGAAGAAGCUGAGUCCUGGGGCUCUUGGGACAAUGCUAUUCGUGGAAUCAAAAACAGAGGAAGAAGAAAGUGGUGCUAGAAAGAAGUAUGUUGUGAAAAAGGUUGAAUGCAUUGAUGAAAACCAAGCAAACUCUGCCCUCAGAGAGGCAAUGGUGUUGCUGAAAGUGAAGCAUCAAAAUAUCUGUGCCUACAAAGAAAUGUUUAUCAUCUGGGACAAUAGCAUUUCGUCUCUCUUCCUGUGUUUGGUGAUGCAUCACUCAGAUGGAGGGGAUCUUGCAGCUCUGAUCAAGGCAAAACGGCAGAAGUAUGAAAAAAUUCAUGACUGGGUGAUCCAGAUAUUCCUUGGGCAGAUGGUGGAUGUUUUGGUUUACCUCCAUCAGCAAAACAUUUUCCAUAGAAACCUCAAACCAUCCAACAUCCUUCUAGCCAGCGAGACCUCCUUCAUGCUCUGUGAUUUCAGCUCUGAAACCCUCAUGACUGAUGAGAUGAAAUGGAAGAUAAGAGUGGAAGAAGCCCCUGACCAUAAGUCCUGGAUGGCUCCAGAAGCUCUCAAGUUUUCCUUCAGCAACAAAUCUGACAUCUGGUCUCUCGGCUGCAUUCUGCUUGAUAUGCUAAACUGCUCCUAUUUGCAUGCAGAGGAGGCAAUUUCAUUAUUGGGCAGAAUUAAAGAAAGCAGUCUUAGUCUUGAGAAUGCCCUGAAGUGUAUGAGGCAGGAGGAUACACCCAUGGCUGCUAUUUUGCUUCUGAUGCUUCAGAUCCAGCCAACAAUGAGGCCCACAGCACAGGAUCUAAUUAUUAAUCCAUUUGUUAAAGAAUGUUUGAUUCUAGCCAGAUCUCCCCUAAUCAAAGUGAAGAAGCCUCUUCCUCCGGGAAUAAUCGAGGUAAUCUGUGAAAGCGGAAUCCGUACAGUUCUAGAAUUUAUGUUGGCAUAUCCAGACAUAGAGGAAGCUCAAGAAAAGGGCAUUGAGCGUCUUAAUACCCUCUUGAAAGAUGCCAAGGCUGUGGGGAAGAACCUGGAUGUGGAUGUGCUGGCCAGCGAAAACACAAUCCAUUGCCUGAUAAACUCCAUGAAGGCUUAUUCCAACAAUGAAGGGCUGCUGUGGAUGAUCUGCACGUUAUUCAUGAUGAUGUCGAGUAACAACGUAGCUGCGGAAGCCCUGAGGAAAGCUGGUAUCUUCUCAGAAGUCCUGACCGUUCUGUCCAAUUGUGCUCACAACAAAGAUAUCAGCCUUGCUUGCUGUGGAGUUAUCUGGAGCCUGGUAGUAAAUGUCACUGACAUGUCUGAAAUCCCACUAAAAUGUGCUAUUGAGAUUGUCUCUGCAGUCCUCCACAUGCACCUUCAGCAUGGAGAUGUGGCGGAAUCUGCAUGCUGUGCUUUCUGGGCCCUGGCCCUUCAUGAUUGUGUUGAUGAAGCUAAUUACGAGCCCUAUUCCUUGCUUCUGCUGAAUGCUCUCCGGCUGCACCCUGAAAGGCCAGUGCUGGCGAAGAACACUUGUCUGGCAUUGGCGAGCCUGUUGAGGACAUCUGAACUGUCUGGUUUCCGAUUCAUUGUCACUGAUGAAAAGGGCAGCGGCAUGACCGUGCUCAAGGAGGUCUAUCAGUUGCACCGGGAGGACCCUGAAGUAGUAGAAGACAUGUGCGUGCUGAUUGACGAGAUGUUCAACUAUGAUGAAAUUGUGGUGGAGAUGGUCUCUCAGAAUAUUACAGAGAUGCUGACAGAAAUGAAAAACAGGUUUACAUCCAGUUUGGAAAUUGUUACCUUGGUAGACAAGGCACUAUCCAAACUGCAAAAAAAAGGUGAAUGA